UAAGGUGAAAGACUGCCAGUGUGGGGUUGACUCAUACCACUUGGACUCUUUCCAUCAGCUCAAACUCAAGCAAACUAGACAACCGAAGAUGGUGUGGGAUGGAGGAAUCGAGCCCAAUGGCACAGAGGGCAAGAACUUCUACAUCCCCAUGUCCAACAGGACUGGGAUUGUUAGAAGUCCUUUUGAAUACCCGCAGUAUUAUUUGGCAGACCCGAUAAUGUUCAAGCUUCUGGCUUUCUACAUGUUCUUCCUGAUCUGCACUGGAACUCCCAUCAACGGUCUGACAUUGUUUGUGACGGCUCAGAACAAGAAACUCAGGCAACCUCUCAACUACAUCCUGGUCAACCUGGCUGUGGCUGGACUCAUCAUGUGCAUGUUUGGCUUCACCAUCACCAUCACAUCUGCUUUAAAUGGCUACUUCAUUCUUGGAGCCACUUUCUGCGCUAUUGAGGGAUUCAUGGCCACACUGGGAGGUGAAGUUGCUCUCUGGUCUCUGGUCGUGCUGGCUAUUGAGAGAUACAUCGUCGUCUGCAAACCCAUGGGAAGCUUCAAGUUCUCUGGAACACAUGCUGGAGCUGGAGUCGCUUUCACCUGGGUCAUGGCUAUGGCUUGUGCUGCACCCCCACUUUUUGGCUGGUCCAGGUACCUUCCUGAGGGUAUGCAGUGCUCCUGUGGACCUGACUACUACACUCUGGCUCCAGGCUUCAAUAAUGAGUCAUACGUCAUGUACAUGUUUAUUGUCCACUUCUUUGUCCCUGUUUUCCUCAUCUUCUUCACUUAUGGAAGCCUUGUGGCGACAGUCAAAGCUGCUGCAGCCCAGCAGCAGGAGUCAGAGUCCACUCAGAAGGCUGAGAGGGAAGUGACACGUAUGUGCGUCUUGAUGGUCAUGGGCUUCCUGGUAGCUUGGACACCAUAUGCCACUUUCGCCGGUUGGAUCUUCUUGAACAAGGGAGCUUCCUUCACCGCCCUGACUGCAGCCAUCCCCGCCUUCUUUGCAAAAAGCUCAGCCCUGUACAACCCUGUCAUCUAUGUGCUGUUUAACAAACAGUUCCGUAACUGCAUGUUGAGCACUAUUGGAAUGGGUGGCAUGGUGGAGGAUGAGACCUCAGUUUCAACCAGCAAGACAGAGGUGUCCUCUGUGUCUUAAUCUUGACAUUUUUCAGUCUGUGGACAUUUUCCUUCCUGGUUGCUUUCAAAUUUUACAAGAACCCAUUAAAGAAACUUGGAUUUUUGCCAAAUGGAUUUAAUGGAUUUAAGGUUUUAACAAAUGGACUCUGAACCAAACACACUAAGGAAUCCUAUAUCAUCAGCUAAUGUGUGUAAAAUGUAAAGAAAUGCAGGUUAUCUUGUACAGCAUUGGUGCAUCUGUGUGUGUGUGAGUGCAUAUGAGUAAACGCGAGCGAGUGAACCCAGUUUCUGAUGACACUCAAAACACCUCAUCCUUCAAGACAAGCUGAAAACCUGCUGAAAUGUGACAACACUUUUGCACUGUUGAACAUGCAAUCCAGUGUGGGGUAUAUAUGUAAUUAUAUGGGGUAACAUUUGGUUUGCUGGUCUACCAGUGGCAUCAUUUUUAUGUAUUUUAUGAAAUAUCAAAACAUGUAUAGGGUGGAGUAGAUAAUAAAUGCAUGCAUGAAAAGAA